UCUCAGUAUCCCGGGAGGAGGAGCGAGCGUCGGGCUGGGGAGGUCUGGGUUCUCAGCUCCGGAAAAGGGCGGCAGCGGCGGCGCUGGGCGGGGCCGGGUUUCGGGGCUGGCUGCGCGGCUGCGGCGGCUCUACGAGGCCCCGGGGCUGCUGGGCUCUGCGGGGCUGCGAGCCGCUUGGCCCCGCCAACCAGCCGCGCGCUGAGGUGGCCGCCGCCCUGCUCGCCCUUGGCUGGUCACCGGGGUUACCAGCAUGACCGAGCUACGGCAAAGGACGGUCCGCGAGGACGCGCUGCCCGAGGACAAGGAAUUGGAGUCAGAAGCAAAGAUAGAUGGAGAGACUGCAUCAGACAGUGAAAGCCGAGCAGAACCAGCUCCCCCACCAGCCUCCAUAGAUGAUACCCCAGAGGUCCUUAACAGGGCCCUUUCCAACUUGUCCUCGAGAUGGAAGAACUGGUGGGUGAGAGGCAUCCUGACUUUGGCCAUGAUUGCAUUUUUCUUCAUUAUCAUUUACCUGGGACCAAUGGUUUUAAUGAUGAUUGUAAUGUGUGUUCAGAUUAAGUGUUUCCACGAGAUAAUCACUAUUGGCUACAAUGUGUACCACUCCUAUGACCUGCCCUGGUUCAGGACCCUCAGCUGGUACUUUCUCCUGUGUGUAAACUAUUUCUUCUAUGGCGAGACAGUGACAGAUUACUUCUUCACUCUGGUCCAGAGAGAGGAGCCUUUGAGGAUUCUCAGUAAAUACCACCGGUUCAUUUCCUUUACUCUAUAUCUGACAGGAUUCUGCAUGUUUGUAUUGAGUCUGGUCAAGAAGCAUUAUCGACUGCAGUUCUACAUGUUUGGCUGGACCCAUGUAACAUUACUGAUUGUUGUAACCCAGUCACAUCUCGUUAUCCAUAACUUAUUUGAAGGAAUGAUCUGGUUCAUCGUUCCCAUUUCAUGUGUAAUCUGUAAUGAUAUCAUGGCGUAUAUGUUUGGCUUUUUCUUUGGUCGGACACCACUCAUUAAGCUCUCUCCAAAGAAGACCUGGGAAGGCUUCAUUGGGGGCUUCUUCGCUACUGUGGUGUUUGGCCUUCUGCUCUCCUAUGUGAUGUCCGGGUACAGAUGCUUCGUCUGUCCUGUGGAAUACAACAACGACACCAACAGCUUCACUGUGGACUGUGAACCAUCUGACCUGUUCCGCCUGCAGGAGUACAACAUUCCCGGGUUGAUCCAGUCAGUCAUUGGCUGGAAAACAGUGCGGAUGUACCCCUUUCAGAUUCACAGCAUCGCCCUCUCCACUUUUGCCUCGCUCAUCGGCCCCUUUGGAGGGUUCUUCGCAAGUGGAUUCAAACGAGCCUUUAAAAUCAAAGACUUUGCCAAUACCAUUCCUGGUCAUGGAGGCAUCAUGGAUCGCUUUGACUGUCAGUACCUGAUGGCCACCUUUGUCAAUGUGUACAUCGCCAGUUUUAUCAGGGGCCCUAACCCAAGCAAACUGAUUCAGCAGUUCCUGACCCUGCGGCCAGAUCAGCAGCUCCACAUCUUCAACACACUCAAGAGUCACCUGACUGACAAGGGGAUUCUGAUGUCUACCAUGGAGGAUGAGUAGGGGCUGCCCAGGGCCAGGAGAACUGGAGCAGGACUGAGUGAGGGAAAGGUCACCAAGGCCAGCCCAGCUGCUGUGACUUUGAUAAUGAAAAGCUUCAACUCACAGUCUUUGUGUAUGUGUGUAGAGUCUUUUUUUUUUUUAAAUUUGUGAGUUAAAAACAAAUUCUGUAUAUACAGUCUGUGUUUAUAAUUUAGGUUGUGAGUAAGUUAUAGCUCUGAGUUGGAGAGAAGUCACAGGGUAGAACCAAUUGGGUUUUAAAAACACAGGUAUUGAACAACAUGGAAGACAGUGUUGCCCAGCUCAGAGUGUCUGCGUGGUGGUUCUAGCCCCUAUUCAUCCAGUGGUUUCUGAACUGUAUGAGAGAUCAUCUAUGUCUUACUGGUGAAGGGGUUUCUCACCUGGGCUGUGCUGCAUGGCCCAGAUGCCUUUGCUCUACUUGACCUUUCUGGGGCUUCUACAGCUAUCUGCCUGGGGGAUGUGGAGGGCUGUAGGCCUGAGGGACAGAGGCUUCUUAGAUGAUCAUCCUGUCCACACUGGUUUCACUUUACAGACUGAAAGAAGGUUUCAGAUUUUAUUUUUUUUUUUCAGAAAGCAUGAAUGAUCAUUUAUGAUUGUCUGGAAGAAACCCACACUGAACUAUUUCAAGUAUAUGUAGUAGAAUGCACUGUCUCUGAGCCCUUUCUCAUGACCUAGGCUCCAGUGACUGCUGGGGGACAGUCCAGCAAACCACAUCUUUUCAGGGAUGAGGCUGUUCACGUUUGUGCUCUAGACUUGCUGCUGCUGAAUUCUGGGGACUCUGAGAGGUGGGAGCAGAGGGCUUUGGUUCACACUCUUUGCCUAAAAGCCUGCCCAUAGCGCUGCUGUGUUGUGUACAUAGUACUUUUGAGGUGAGUGUGUGUCUGUGUGUUUAAGUCACUUGUUUCUUACAGUAAUUUCAAUUAUACCCCGACUUCAUCACAGAAUUUAUAAGUCUUACUUAAAACGAUGGCACACAUAAUCUGUUAAGAGGCUUUUCUAUUCUGAAGACUCAGUGUACUCUUUAUGUAAUGUGACCAGUUUCAGUGUAGUUUGUAUUUUACUGGGGGACCUUUUGUUGUUGUUUGUAUAAACUGUGAUUUAUUCUUUGCCCUUCUUAAUCAUGCGUUGAGACCGACUUGGGAAGACAGACUAGUCUUUUUUGGACGGGUCGUCAGGCCAAGGAGCAAUUGAGUACAGAAUCUUGGAACCCUUACAUUUUAAGUUAUUCUAUGCUGUGGUUGUUUUCAUUGCUGAGGGGGGUGGGUUGACCUGCUUUGGCACCUGAUCUGUGAUGUUUUUGUUUUUAAAUUGACCUCUCUGCUUCCUCAAAAGCUCAGUCAUCCUACUGAGUAUCCAUUGAGGAGGGAGCCACAUGGUGUCUUGGCACAUGUCAUGGCACAACCUUCCACAGGGUGCAGAUUGGAACAGCUUAUUUUCUCUGAAUUUUUAUUUCCAUUCCAGCUUUGCGGCUUUUCUUUUUGGUUCUGAAGUAAACAAGGCCUGCUGUUACAGGAUGUCUCUGCAGCUCUGUCCUGUGACCCUGGGUAGGAGGCAUUGCUCUCAGUGGUUUCAUUUUCUUUUUAAUUUUUUUAAUUUAUUAUUUUUAUUUCAUGUGUAUGUGUGUAUUGCCUAUGUGUAGGUAAGUGCACCUGUGUCAUGCAAUGCCCACUGAGGACAGAAGAGGCUGUCGGAUCCCCUGGGACUGGAGUUACGGACAGUUUUUAGCUGCCAUGUGGGUGCUGGGAUUUGAACCCAGGUCUUCUGCAAGAACAGCCAGUGUUCUUAACCACUGAACCAUCUCUCCAGCUCCAGGGGUUUCAUUUUCUAACUUGUCCUCUAAGUCCACUGGUUCUGUGACCCUGCAGGGAAGUUCAUAUCACUGGAGGCCCCUGUGGUUAUUGAAUCGUGUCCUGGGCACCCAAAUAAGGAGGAAGGUUCAGGCCUUUUACAAAUGCUUCUUAAAAUGAGUCAGUAUCUUAGCAAGAAAUUUUCAGUGGUGAUUAGGAGUGAAACUCUACUUUUCUGACUUAAAAAUGACCUUGGAUCACCAAGCUAGAUAGAGAACGGCAUCGCACAUCUCUCAUGCCCAUUGUGAGUGUGCAUGGGGUCCUGGAAAACAGGACUCUCAGCUGGAGCCCAGCAGCUGAGACUUAUGGAAACUAAAACUGGGUGCUCACUAGAGCUGCCAGCAAGAGGCCAAAGGCACAGCUUGGGUUUUUUAUUUGUUUGUUUGUUUGUUUUUCUGAGUUCUCAACAUCUUGUUGAAAGAGGAGGACUUUUCCAGUUAAGUAGCCGGAAGAACAGUGCCACCUUGUGUCUGUACAGUAUUCUGUUUCUUCAUCUUAUUACACAGGCAAGAUCACAGAGUGUUUUCACAUGCACCCAUUUAGAGCUUGGGGCUUGCAUGACUUGCUUUAGACUCACCUUGUUUUGUCAGAAAUAAAAUUUUUAUUCUCUCCCUUGUCAUGAAUUCAGUGUUUGUCACUUUCAUGCAUGGCCUUUAUGUUUCCCGCUUGUUUAUGUGAUCAUAAAUACUGUGCAGUCCUGAUUGAGAGGGUUUUCGUUUUCCAGUUUGUAUUCUAUCCAUUCUUAACAGCUUUCUGAGGGACUGCAGGUAAGAGCCAUGAGCUCCUUACCCAGUAGAGAGCUUUUCCAGGCCGUGAGAUGGAGUCAGGAAAUGCUGGAUCUUAUACUCAGCCUGCAAGAUUAAAUAGUUCCCCAGGUCCACUCCUACUUAAUUGUUGUAGUGUCCCUUCCCUCAGGCCCUGGAGGCCUGACGUAGGCCAUGGUAGAACUUAGAGUGCUCUUAGCUUAUACCUGGUGAAGUAAGGAUUUGAUAAACAAGACGUUCCCAGAAACUGGACUGAUCCUGGAAAGUACAAGCCAGGGAAUCUCCUGAUAAGCUCCACUCAUGACUGCUCACAGAGAAACUGAGCCUUCCUUUGUGUAUGCACAUCUCACCCUCUUAACCACCUCAGUGGCCAAAAAGUACAUGUGUGUUUUAUUCCUGAAAGUGAAAUCCCGUAAGGAAGUAUAGCCUUUUAGUUGUUAUAGUAUAAACACACUUAAAGUGGAUUUAUUCUUAAUGUUCUGUAAUGUUUGUGAACCAGUCUUCAGAAAGGGGAAAUCUGAUUUACACAGGUAGAUUUCAAAACAAUGUUUAUGAUAUCCCCGUUGGAUAAACUUGGAUAAACUAUUACAUGGUCUACAUUAUGCAAGAACAUUCUAACAAUAUAUUUUAAGUGAGUCAACAUAGACCUUGUGAUGGACUAGUUAGUAGCUGGAUUGCCAAAAACCUGAUUUGAAUGGGUUCACUGAUGUUGCUGUUGAUAGAGCUGGGGAAGAACAAUGACUUAGGACAGUGUCUCACACAGAAGACUGACUGUAUGGCAGUCACUCUGUUCCUUUUCAAGUCAGCCUGAGGUGAAUUUCUGGGUUGGGGUGGGUUUUCCUCACUACUAAAUGUGGGGCAUCAUAGCUAAAACCUCCGUGUUGUCCUUUGUCUUUCAGAGUAAUUCAUGUCUGGGCCACCCUUCUCGCAUACUGUGGAGGAGGGUGAUUUCACUUGGACCCAGGGUUUUUGUUCUUUCCAGGUCAGGGCGAAAAGGAGGGGGACAAGAAGAGGAUGUCUGUCUGCAUGGCUACUGUAGACAUAUCAAAUGGUAGUUAACUCUGUCAUGAGCACAGGGCUCAGAGAUCAUCUGAAGGAACUGUCAGCUUCUGAGGAGAGGAAGCUAAUUCUUGGGCAGACGUUCAGACUCUUUCUUAUUUUGAUGAAAACAAACUUCCUUUUCACUUUAUCACCCUACACAUAGUUGCUCAACAUCCAUUUUUAAGGAGAUUAUCACUUCCUGACUCAGUUUCCCUUACUGGGUAGGGUCCUUACAGUGGAGUGCUGGAGUUUGGAUCAACUGGUGGUGGAGGGUCCUUAUUUAAAGGGCUCUGCUAGGCCCAUUUGCCAUGUUGUGGCAGUCCUCAUAUUGCUCACCUGAGGGACUCCAUGGGUGGGCAACCAGCUUAAUAGCUGACGGAUUCUGCUGGAAUGUCCACUUUUCUGUCCUUUUCAGGGCCUUCCCCUUCCCCCGAGUUGACUAGAGGCUUUCGGUGGGUGCAGGCUAUUCUCGCUGGGCUGCUCCUCCAUUAGGCAAGAUUCUCAUCUGUUUGUGUGGAACCUUGUUUCCCAGGGCCAAUGAAUUCCAUUAAGAGCAGUGUGGAGAGUGUGCUUUGGAUGCUGAAGUGUUGGGGCUUUAGAACAUGUUGAUUUAUGAGACUGGAAGGGCAGAAUGUAUGAAAGCGAGGGUUUUAUGGCCAGUGAGCUUCAAGUCCAUUUCCUAUUUGAAGACCCUCUCCCUACCCUUCUCCUUUACCAGAGGUCUAUCUGCACAGCUCCUUAUCUUAUUCUCCAGUCUAGGAGAUUAUCAGCAGUGUGUUAUUAAUAAUUACAGUUAUAUAGUGCUUAAUAUGUGCCAGACACAGUGCUGAGGGUUUACAUACAUUAUCCCUUUUAAUCCAGAAGACACCCUUUGGUUGUCAGAUGAGGAAGCAGGCUCUGCGCUGGAAGGUGAGAACAGUGGUGAAGAAGACAGACUUCUGACUCAGCCCUGCCCUGGGCAGAUUACUAGGCUGCUGGAAGCUUUCAUCUCCAACCAGCAGCUGUGAGGACGGUUGUAAGGAUUUAAUGAGCUAAUGAAUGUAAGCAUUUAGCAUGGUGCCUGGUACAUAGUAAGCACUCAAUAAAUGAUAGGGUUUUUGUUGUUGAACUCAGUGGGUAGUUUGACUCACAUUGGUAUAGUGGCAGAGGCUGGGUUUUCAGCCACCACACUGUCACCACUCUGCACACAGUCUGGUGUUCAUGGUCUGUAUAAUGACCACAUUGACCUUCCAAGAGAUGCAGUUCAGCAAUCCAACAGUAACAGCCGUCUACAGCAUCUUAGUGCUUCAUACGUCAUCGAGGCCAGCCAAAGGGAGGUGAUGCUCAGAUGUGUUCUGUCCUCCUGAGCACAUGGUCUAGACUGCUCACAGGACAGUUUACUCUGGCCUGGUGGUGCCUUCAUUCUGUGAGUAGUGAGGGCCUGUCAUGACUUGCUCUGGACCCUACUUUCCUCAGCCAAGGGCUCUAAUCUGUAUAGUUCAGGAACCUACAGUUCCCUCUGCACAUGGCUAUUUUCAGGAGUGGAGAAGAGUAGGGAAAAAAACGUGCUCUGAAGCUGAUCGCACCAUCCAAAGCAUAAACGCUCUGCCCACGCUGAUACCACAACCAUUCCACCAAGUGUUUCAUUCUUUCUUAAAACUAGGAACAGGUUAGAGAAGGUGACCAUUGGGGACAGGUGAUGUGGGGUGUUUCUGUUCUGUUCUAGUUAGCAAAGGAUCUAUGGAUUAUUAAUCAUGAAUGGAGAAAAUACUUAAUUCAAUUUUCUGAAUGAACAUAGGGAGUUAGGAGUAUUGUAUUGAAUGAGUCUUCACUUUGAAUGAAUGGCAUUGACUCAUAAAACCAGGAAAUUCUCAGGCCAGGUGAGUAGUAACUCAGAAGUAUUAGUCUGACUGUGGAGUAUUUCCAGGGACCCAGAGGCCCAUUGCUAGAAUUUAACUACUGUCCUCAUCUCUUCAGUUAAUUAUAGAUGGCAAUGGAGAUAGAAGAAUCAGGAAAAGGUGGUUGUGAAGGCUUCUGUAAAUGGCCUGCUCCUCGGCUUGCUCUGAAGGAUCUUUAGCCUUGCAGACUUGUGUUUGCCAGUCCUGACACUCCCUCCUUCAUUGUGCCAUCUAAUGGACCCAGACAGCCCUUUAUGAGAAAAGCCCCUCCUUGGGAGAGUCCCUAGAGCACUGACUCGCUGUCUGUGCGGUGCUCUCCUGGGACUGGCUAGGGCCUGGCUCUGUAGCUCCUAGAGGCCUUCCCUGAGUGCAGCCUUCGGAGGGCCUCACCACUCGGGUCACCUGAUUGAUGUGACUGUGUUUGUCCUCUUUCCAGCCUUCUUUGCUUUCGGUCACUGUUUCUCAGCCCUGUCAGGUUCCUUUACUUGUUUUGCAGGCUUCUCUCAAAGGACAGGAAUGUAGAAAAAGGUUAGGGAUUUUUUUUUUCUUCAGUGAUCUGAAUGCUGUUUCAGCGAGCAUAAGCAUGCUUUUUCUUCUCAUUUCUGUCUCUGUUUUUGGUCACUACCGGGCAGGUAUCUGGGGCUGAUGACAAAGGAAGAAAGCUAGCCAGAAACUAAAGCACUUGGAAGAUAGAGAACAAAUGAGGCACUCGGGGGCAGCAGUUUUUGUCUAGCUCAGGGACUCCUGUGAAGCCAUAGGGAUAGCAGUAGGAGGAACAGAGAGCAAGGGAAGGGGCUAGGAGUCACGAACUAAAAGUGACUCAGGUCAGCAGUGUGCUCCUUGGCCUGGGUCCCCAGUGGCUGUGGCAUCCAGAAAAUGGCCCAGAAAACCUAUCCAGGGAAAUUUGGAGCUUAUCGAUGACCUUCUAGAGUCAGUACUGACACAAACUCUUUAUUGAUGUUUAAUAGGUCCCAAGGUAGGGGGAGAUCACCCUAGGCAGUUUCUUGACCUUUCCCUUUGUGUAGACAGACCUGCUGAAUUCAUAUGUCUCACACUGCAAAGCUGCUGCCCUGUCCUCAGACGCACUUGGACACAGUGCUUGAGUGUCUGGAGUCCGUGAGACAGUCCUUCAAGUCUCCCUCCUAGGCGUGUGCUGUGUUCUCCUGCUGUGCCAUCUCCUCAGCCCUCACGAAUCAGUAACAAUUGAUCUUUCUCUGUGCACUUAGGAUCAGCAUUGAACAGCACACAUAAGAAUGUGAUAUAUUGUAUAUUGAAAAGUAUUUACUUAUUUAUAUACCUGAAUGUUCCUACUACACAAAUAAACAUAUUAACUUCUA